AUGGAAUCGAAAAGGUAUCGUAGAGAUGAAGAUCCAACACAUCCGAGUCCAUCAGUUGUCGUACAUGUCAGAAACCUCGGACCUUUAGCUACCGAAGCAGAUUUGGUAGAUUCUUUGUCUCCGAUUGGUCCAAUUGCCUACACAACUUGUAUGCCAAAUAAAGGGAUGGCUUUGGUACGUGUAACGAUGUGAUAUUCGUAACGUUUAGGUUGAAUUCGAAAAUCUGGAUGACGCCAGAAGAUGUGUGUCGAUGUCACAAACAUCCCCAAUUGAUGUCGCUGGGGCUCCGGCAUUGUUUAACUACUCAACUUCUCAAAUUAUUCAAAGGACAGGGAUAGAAUCAGAGAAACCCAAUAGCAUAUUAUGUUUGACUAUAUCAAACAUUAAGUUUCCUAUAAAUGUGCGAGUCAUCUUCAAGGUUGGUGUGCUUUUUAACGGAUACUACUAAUCUUAGCCUUGUACCUCAACAUGCAGAUAAUGUAAAAAACUCAUGUUAUUUUUACUUUAGAUAGCAAAUCAGUUUGGAACCGUCGAAAAGAUCUCAAUUGUGCGAAGAAGUAGUCUCCAUGCUUUGGUACAGUUUAAUACAGUGGAAAUGUGUAAAGCAGCAAAGCAUGGUCUUAAUGGUGCAGAAAUCUACAAAGAUUGUAAUUUGAUAAAAGCCGAAUUUGCAAGAGUAAGAUUCUAUUCCUUUGUAUUAUGUUUAAAUUUAGACAGACUUUUUGAACAUCGCUCGGCAAGACUUCGAGCAAUGGGACUACACCAUAGAUCGUAAGUGUUUUAGGUGAUUUGUUGUUAUAAAAAGGUUGUAAACGUGUUAUAAUGAAUCAUGUAAUAUUCUGUACUAAAAUAUAUUUUUGCAGCUGCCGGCCCGGAUCCAAGUUAUCGACCAACAGAAACGGUACCCACGUCUCCGACAGUUGUUGUUGACCAGGCAGCGUAUAGUAAGUUUGUUUUGAAAAAAGUGCGGUAUAAUUUGAUUAAAUUACAACAUUUCCUUAAGGAGACCAUUCCUUGGCUCAAGCUCAACAACAAGCGCUAAAGGAUAUGGGAGGGAAGUUCAGCGAUUCUGGAAGAGAAAGUCGCAAUUCUACAUUUGAAUACGCAGAUCGUACACGACAAAGUCGUUUUCAAGCGAAUGAAGAGUUUGGGUCGGAAAAAAGGCACGGUACGGAGACAGCCGUGCUUAUGGUUUAUGGAAUCAACCACGAACAGUUCGAUUGUGACCGCAUAUUCAACCUCCUUUGUUGUUAUGGGAAUGUGGUAAAGGUAAGAGAGUCUUAAGUCAAUCUUUUGAGUCAAUUUUACAUGCAGUAAUGUUUAGCGUUAGAUAAGAUAAAAUCAUAAUCAAGGACCUUAUUUUACUAUACGAACAACAUUAUUUUAGGUCAAAUUCAUGCAUUCAAAACAAGAUACAUGCAUGGUGCAGAUGGGUAAUCCACAAGAAGCUUCCAACGUCCUCAAAUUCUUACAAGGGGCAGGUGUGUUCAACACAACAUUGUCUAUACGACCAUCUAAACAGAACGUCCUCAGAGAUCUCGCUGGGGAACCUUUUCAAUUAGGAGACGGUCUGCCUUCAUUUAUGGAUUACUCUCAAAGCAGGCUUCAAAGAUUCUCGAUCCCUGCCUUAGCUUCCCGUAACCGCAUUGUGUAUCCAACAAAUCAACUACACUUCUUCUGCGCCCCCAUGGACGUUACCGAUGCCUUUAUCGUUAAUGUAAGUAAACAACUAUGUAUUUUUCAAUUUUUAGGUAACAAAAUAAUUUAUACAUAUAUUUAAGUAUCAAAGGCAAGAUUUUUAAGUAAUAACAUUUUAACUUUUUAGGUAUUCAAAAGUAAACCUUGUCCACAACCUCUGAGUGGACUCAUAUUCAACACCAGGUCCGAUCGUUUUUCAUCUGGAUUGGUCACUUUUGAAACCCCCGAACAAGCUACGGAAGCUUUGAUGGUAUGCAACCAUAUGACUGUAGAAUCUCCCAACUACGAAUCGUUUGUCCUAAGAUUAGCCUUUGCCGGGAGCAAAGACAGAGAGUUCAGGAACCCUCAUUAA